AUGCUCGUCGACGCAUUUUCGCCCUGUGCGGUGAACGACCGUGCCCCGGACCUCCCCUCGAACAUACAGUGCCAGUGCCCGGCGAUACAGAAGAUGCGAGCCCACGCAGGGAACACGGAACAACGACCAGCCUCCCCACUCCUCUCGAAUGCCGCUGUCUCAGUCCCCUCGAACCCCGCGGACUCUGCACAACGCUCCGCCGUCCUCAUCCGCGUGACCCAGCCACACGCGGGGAAUGCGCAGCAAUAG